AUUGCCGCUUGAGAAGUGUCUCACAUCACCUACCGCGGAGUGACCAAGAAAACCAAACCGAAUCAAACCAAACACUUCAUUUCUUUUUCACGGUUUUCUCUUUCCCUAUAAAACCUUCAGAUCACAUCACAGCACAAUCUUCACUGGACUUUGCAACAAUCCAUUUUUUCACUCUUAACUUCCAUGGCUAUGGCUUCUGCAAAGCUCAAUACUUUGUCUUCACAGUGGAUCGCCCACAGCACCUUUUCUCCACGCCGGGGAUCUUCUCCUCGCCGGGUCUCUCUCCCGAUCCGCGCCUCUUCUUACCAACACGAACUCGUCCAAACUGCUAAAUCUAUUGCAACUCCUGGGCGUGGGAUUCUUGCAAUUGAUGAAUCAAAUGCAACAUGCGGGAAGCGUUUAGCAUCCAUUGGUUUAGACAAUACUGAGGUGAAUCGCCAGGCUUACAGGCAACUUCUGCUUACCACACCUGGCCUUGGAGAGUAUAUUUCUGGUGCCAUUCUUUUUGAAGAAACCCUUUACCAGUCAACCACUGAUGGAAAGAAAUUUGUGGAUUGCCUUCGUGAUCAGAACAUUGUUCCUGGCAUCAAAGUUGAUAAGGGUCUGGUCCCCCUGCCGGGUUCAAACAAUGAAUCAUGGUGCCAAGGGUUGGAUGGAUUGGCUUCUAGGUCUGCUGAAUACUACAAGCAAGGUGCUCGAUUUGCCAAGUGGAGGACAGUUGUUAGCAUUCCAUGUGGUCCUUCUGCAUUAGCUGUUAAGGAAGCAGCAUGGGGACUUGCACGUUAUGCCGCUAUCUCUCAGGAACAAUGGCCUUGGCCAAUUGUGGAGCCUGAAAUUCUUGGACGAGACCAUCAAUGAAGGACGUUGGAAGUUGCCGAGAAAGUCUGGUCUGAAGUCUUCUUCUACUUGGCUGAAAACAAUGUCAUGUUUGAGGGAAUUCUCAAACCUAGCAUGGUUACACCUGGGGCUGGACAUAAGGAAAAGGCUUCUCCGGAAACCGUUGCCAAAUAUACUCUAACCUUGCUUAGAAGAAGAGUUCCUCCAGCAGUACCCGGAAUCAUGUUUUUGUCGGGUGGACAAUCUGAAGUGGAAGCGACACUUAAUCUAAAUGCAAUGAACCAAAGCCCCAACCCAUGGCAUGUUUCUUUCUCGUAUGCUCGAGCUCUUCAGAACACCGUGCUAAAGACGUGGAAAGGACACCCUGAGAAUGUGGAAGCUGCUCAAAAGUCUCUUUUGGUGCGCGCAAAAGCAAACUCCUUGGCUCAACUUGGAAGAUAUUCUGCGGAGGGUGAGAGUGAAGAGGCAAAGAAGGGAAUGUUUGUCAAGGGCUAUGUCUACUAAUUUCUUUAGCUUUUUAUCAUUCCUUCUUUGCAGUGAUCGUGAAGGGACUUAGAUGUGUUUAGUUUUUUUUUCUACGUCUAGCAUGAGUCUGAAUAAAUUGAAGCUAGAAAAAAGGUUUUCUUGGUAAAAUGAAUGGGUAUUAGUAAAAAACCUAAAAAACCCAGACGAGGGAAAAAGAACAGUUUAUUACUUGGUUAUUGUUUA